CCGGCCUGGAAGCUUUAUAUACUUUCGUUGAGAGAGAAAGUAACGAGCCGAGGUCCUAUCCUAUUGAAGGCCAGCACAGUAAGGUAAAGAAGACCCAGAGAAGCCCUUCUAUUGCCAAACAUCCGGAUCAAGUUAGCGCUCAAUUCCCUGGCACAGUGCUUUUCAGAGAAGGGACACACACGUGACUCAAAUGGUCCGUGCGCCGUCACAGUGGUAUAAAAGCGAACCUUCUUGCGUCCUAACACCUCAUACUUACCUUGAUGGCACAAGCCCCUUCAUGUACCCGGGUUUGUGGGCCGUGGAGAUCCUUCAUAGCACGGCGACCUUGUCCAUUCAAAGGGUGUCUGCGGCUUGUAUAGGCUCAGGCUUAUGCACCGUCUAAAUAUUUUCCUGUCCCUCUCUGGCCACUCUGGCUGGGUGGGCUCUUUUUCUUUGCUGGUCCGUCGUCCUAACCCUAAUUUAGGGCUCCGUUUCUGUACUCGUAUCGGUAGCUUUGACCAGGCUUUGCCCUCGCUUGUUGACAAUAUAUUCUCUGCUUUCUCUCAGCUUCUGCAAUUCGAGCUACCUCAGCAAUCCACACACUUAUCAGGGACUUGGCUAGUCAUGCCAUAGUCCCCCAUGAAGUGUGGAAGAUUGAAAUUUGGGUGUUCCUAAUAAAAUCGAGUUGAACAACUUUCUAUUUACUCGUUACUGGGUCAGUCGAGACAUCAUGUUUUGCAAAUGUAUUCCUUCUGGUUCUUGUACAUAGUGUGUACUUA